AUGAUGCACCCUACCCUCUCCCUCACCUACGCUCUAGCACUAGCAACAAGUGCCUUCGCCUCAUCACCCCACCUAUCCACCCGCCAACAACCCUUCAAAACAACACCCAUAACCGACUUCUCUGAACCCUGGGCCUUCGCCUUCCUCCCCGACACCCGCAUCCUCGUCACAGAGCGAAAAGGCAACCUCCUCCUCGUCGACCCAACCACCAAAACCAAAGGCAGCAUCACCGGCGUCCCCGCCGUCGCGUACGCCGGUCAAGGCGGCCUCCACGACAUCGCUCUGCACCCCAACUACUCCAACAACAGCAUCGUGUACAUAAGCUACGCGGAAAAUGGGUCUGGGGGCGCAGGCUGCGCGGUCGCGCGCACCAAGCUGAGUCUAAGUGGGAGCGGCGGUGCGCUAUCCGGUCUCGAAGUCAUCUGGCGGCACUCCCAGCGCGCUACAGGCGGCCUUCAGUUUGCCUGUCGUUUGAAAUUCGGUCCUGAAGACGGCGCGUUGUACAUCUCCUCAGGCGAGAUAAACCAAAUGCAUCCAGCCCAGUCCAUGACGUCCAAUCUAGGCAAGGUAAUUCGGCUCUACGACAACGGGACUGCUUUUGCUGGAAACCCUUUCGCGUCUCAAGGCGCCAUCCAAUCCCAAUUCUACUCCCUCGGCCACCGUAACCCCCUAGGUAUCGAUUUCGAUGCGCAGGGUCGUUUGUGGGAAGUCGAAAUGGGCCCGUUUGGAGGCGACGAACUCAAUCUCAUUCAACCGGGUAAGAACUAUGGGUGGCCGCUUGUGUGCGAGGGACGGCACUACAAUGGCACGUUGAUACCGAAGCACAGUACGAGGCCGGAGUUUGCGGCGCCCAAGGCGAAUUGGGUUCCUGUUAUCUCGCCUGCUGGUCUUAUCAUUUACAAAGGGAUUGGUCAGGGUGGGGAUUACGGGGGAUACGGCGGCGGAGGCGCAGAGGAUUGGGAUGGGUAA